CCUCAUGCUGCUUGCGUCUCAAAUCUGGCGUCACUGAUCUUAAGGUCUCCAGUUGUGACGUUAUUUUGUCGUAUUAAUUGCAAAUCGUGUUGAUAUUGCCGAUAUUUUCAUAUCAUUUUAAUCGGUUGUUCGAUGUAUAAAACUAAAUGUUAAAAACUUUGAAUCAUAAUAAUAUUUUAAGUAGUGCGUCAGACAGCGAUAAAUUGAUAUUUGCAACGUAAAUAGAUAUUUGCAACGUAAAUAUAUUUUAAUAUACAUUUGCAACAAUACAUUUUUAUGUAAGAAGUAUCUGAUUGCACAUUCAGUGUCAAUGUAAUCAUAGUCCUUCAUGACAUCAGCAGAAUACUUUAUUAGUCUCAUAACAGUAGCAAGUGCAAAGAAAUUAGCCACUGCGCUUGUUGUCUGUUUUAUUAUAUAUCAUGGAGUUAUACAUCUUAUUUAUGGUAGCGAUUCUUGCAAGUGGUUAUUGACAGAAGGCAGAUACAAAGGAGACAAAGAAUGGCAACCCUAUGGAUGCAUGAUGCAUCAUUACACACAAACAGACAGCAGAAGAUGUAUGAGAUAUCUAGCUUUCAUGGGCCACCAUAAUCAUUUUGUGUUUACUGGUGAUGCUAGAAUAAGACAAUUGUACAAAUCUUUUGUUUCACAAUUUGUAAUUGAUGGCAAAACAUCAGAUCUUAUGGACUUGCCAGAAAACUCCGACUUGGGCUUCAACGAUGGUCAGCUUAAGUUGAAUGUACAGUUCCUAUGGAGACCACAACUUGAUGGUUCUAUACUAGCAGAUCUUAGAGACUGGAUGAAGACAGACGCGCCUAGUAUUAUUGUCGCGGGUUCCGCUGUAGCUGCAAUUCUUGCAAAUAAUAAUAGCGAUACACAGCUUUAUUCCGAAUACAGCACAGGUUUAAUUCGUCUGGUACAACCAGUGGAUUUUUUGACUAAAAAGGGAUCUCAAUUUUUAUGGCUGCUGCAAGAUCCUGUACUCAAAGAAAGAUUACCUGCGCAAUUGUCGAGUUUAGACAACAAACAAAUUAACUUGUGCAACAAAGCAGCUGAGAAGAUAUUGUCUCAUAGUGAGACUCGUAUAUGGCAAAGCAGCAAACUAGUUGGCACGGGUGUUCUUGAACAAAGUCCGGAUGGUUAUUUGGCUAGCCCACUGUCACUUCGUCAUAAAGUUCAAAUACUAUUAAACACAUAUUGCAAUGAUCAUAUGAAUUUUGACGAUGGUAGUUGUUGCAGUUAUCCCGAACCAGCAACUACUCUACAAUUGUUAAGUCUGUCUGCACUUGCAUUAUUCAUAACAAUAGGAGGAGGAAUAUGGCUGUACAGAAAAGUAUGCAAGUAUCGUUCAGAAAUACCAUAUUCUCAUAUUACCACUGAGGAAAUAGAAAAUACAGAAGAAGCUGGUACUUCGGAAAUCGUUCAAAUCAAGCAACCUGAAGUACAAGAUUUUUACACUCUUGUCACAUCAUUAGCUCUCUUCUCUAUUAUAUUAGCCUAUUUUUAUUUGUGCGAUAGAACAAAUUUUUUUAUGAAAGAAAAUAAGUAUUACAGUGAAUUCAGUUUUUGGCUACCACUUGGAUACAUCUUAGCUCUUGGAUUAUUUUUUACUGAAGAUCGUGAAAGAGGACCAAGAGCAUUGAAUAGAGAGCAAACAGAUGAAUGGAGAGGCUUGAUGCAAGCAGUUGUGCUUAUAUACCAUGUUACUGGUGCCAAAAAUGUCUUACCGAUCUACAUGUACUUAAGAUUAAUUAAUUCUGCCUAUUUAUUUUUAUCUGGAUACGGACACUUUUGUUACUUUUGGCAAACUGGUGACGUAUCUCUUGUCAGAUUUGCCAGAGUCAUGUUCAGAUUGAAUUUAUUAACAGUAUCCUUAUGUUUGUGCAUGAACAGGCCGUAUCAAUUCUAUCACUUUGUACCAUUGGUAUCGUUCUGGUUUCUUGUGAUUUACUUCUUAGCCUGGUUGCCGCCCAGAAUAUAUUCUGGAAGUUUAGCCGAAUACGGGCCGAGGGCCUUGCUUUAUUUUGCUUUAAAGCUCCUGGGUCUCGUGUCAAUAAUUACCAUAUUAUAUAUGUCAGAGGUGUUCUUUGAGAAAGUUUUCGUCACAAGGCCCUGGAAGGCGUUAUUUGUGACGACUGACGACGAUAUUCGCGAAUGGUGGUCUCGCUGGAGGGUGGACAGAUACAGUGUAGUCUGGGGUUUAACUUUCGGUGCUGGUCUCGUCGCUCUUCAGAGAAUAGAUCAUAUUCCAGGAACUGCAUUGUCGUCAGUGUUGGCAUUGAUUUCUUUAAUAGCAUACACCACCUUUACAAUCUUGUGCCACUCUGUAUCAGAGUGCGAAGAAAUUCAUUCUUACGUCGCUUUUAUUCCGAUUAUAGGAUACAUCGCUCUCCGCAACGCAUCGUUGGCAUUACGGGGAAAACACUCUGCACUUUUAGCUGGAUUAGGCAGAAUAAGUCUGGAAACUUUGGUUGCGCAAGGUCACAUAUGGCUGGCAGCAGAUUCACAUGGAGUGCUUGUGCUAUUACCUAGAUUCCCAGUAUUGAAUCUGUUGGUUACAUCGUUUAUUUUCAUUUGCGCCAGUCAUGAAAUUCAUAGAUUGACACACGUUUUGGCACCGUAUGCGGUACCGAAUGACUGGAAACUGGUAGCUCGCAAUCUGUUGCUAUUUAUAGCUGUAUUGGUACCUAUUGGCAUUCAUGAUGGAAUGUUUUAAAAAUUGGAAGCAUCAUCUUCAUAAAAAUCAAAAAUCAAUCGAGCAGUAUUAAUGUGCAAAGUACGAAAAGAGUUUCAUAUCAUAUUAUAGCUAGUGAUGGGAUUCAAAUCGUCUCAAGACAUCUUGAGUUAAAGCUCAAGAAGUCUAAAAACGUUUUGCAAAAUUUAUUGUGAUUGAAAGUUUUGAAAAAGACUUGAAAGUUUGAAAAGUCUUGAAUAUCUAUAAUACAUGUGUGUAUGUUGUGUAUUAUAUUAUUCCAAAUAUUUAAUACAUUCAAACAUUCAAAACUUUUUAUGCAAAACAGUCUUGCAAGAUGUUUUGAAACUUUUUAUUUUCGGUUAUUCUUGAUUUGCUUAAAAAUUUGCAAGUAAAAAUCUUGAAAUUCCAUCACUAUAAUUAUAGCCUAAUUUAAAAAAAUUUAAAUAGAUAUGUAUCAAG